AUGUACUCUUUUUGGGCCUCCCCUUCGGAGUCAAACGGAAAGGAACCCCGCCAAUUUUUGCCUCCCCGCGAGGCGCUUUCCCCAUCAAGCCUAUUAGUUCAUGUUUCAUCUUCAGCUUCUCCACGGCAGUGCAUUCGGGCAAGUGGCUCAGCAAUCCUUGGAUACCCAACUUCAAUUUGUUGUAAACGUCCUUCUUUCCAUCGCCGUGUAACCUUCCUACUAAACCUUUUAGACCAACUCGCCUCGCUUACGUUUAGCCGCAGUAUGGGGCACUGGUGGGUUUCACUUUACACCUUCCACUUCCUUAUAAAAGCGUCAGGAAACCCCUCGGAGCGCGCAAUCGGAUUCAGUAUGCAUUUUUCUUGUGUGUGCCUUAAGUGCGCACCUCUCCUUACUCUCUGGAGCCCCACGUGCCCCGUGAACAUCAAAAGUUUACUAGGAACAUUUUAUUCCAACCCCACCCUGAUCUCUCUAUCCUCUCCUUCUUUAACUGUUACCUCCACGUCAUCCCUUUUUUUAUUUUGGUUUCAACACCGGCGCGGCUACGGCUAA